UACUUAUAGGCGUGGAUGGGGUUCCCUCUGAGUGGUCUGAGCCUCUCGGGCUGGACAGGCGCAGCUCCCUCGGGCUUUUCCCGCAGGAGCGCUGCCCCAGCGCCCCGGUCGGCCCCGCAGAGCCCGAAAUGGCGGCGGCAGCGGGCGGAAGCGCCGGGGCGGGCGGGCGGAAGCGGCUUCGCGGCCGGGCAGCGCCGCUUCCGGGCCCGCGCGCGUGCGCCUCCCGGCGGAAGCGGCGGAGUGCGGGCGAAGAUGGCGGCGGGGAUGUACCUGGAGCACUACCUGGACAGUAUUGAGAACCUGCCAUUUGAAUUACAGAGAAACUUCCAACUCAUGCGAGAUCUGGAUCAGAGGACAGAAGACCUCAAGUCAGAGAUUGAUAAGUUGGCCACGGAGUAUAUCAGCAAUGCACGGACUUUGUCUUCAGAGGAAAAGCUGGGGCUUCUCAAGCAAAUCCAGGAGGCCUAUGGAAAGUGCAAGGAAUUUGGGGACGACAAGGUUCAGCUGGCUAUGCAGACCUACGAGAUGGUGGAUAAGCACAUCCGGCGGCUGGACACAGACCUCGCUCGCUUUGAAGCGGACCUGAAGGAGAAGCAGAUAGAGUCGAGUGACUAUGACAGUUCUUCCAGCAAGGGCAAGAAGAAGGGCCGAGCCCAGAAAGAGAAAAAAGCUGCCCGUGCUCGCUCUAAAGGGAAAAACUCUGAUGAGGAAGCACCAAAAACUGCCCAAAAGAAAUUGAAGCUCGUCCGCACUAGCACAGAGUAUGGGAUGCCUUCUGUCACCUUUGGAAAUGUGCACCCCUCGGAUGUACUGGAUAUGCCCGUGGACCCCAAUGAGCCCACUUACUGCCUCUGCCACCAGGUCUCCUAUGGGGAGAUGAUUGGCUGUGACAACCCAGAUUGUUCCAUUGAAUGGUUUCAUUUUGCCUGUGUGGGUCUGACAACAAAACCAAGAGGAAAAUGGUUCUGCCCUCGCUGUUCCCAGGAGAGGAAGAAGAAAUAAAUUCACAUGAGACCUCAGUACUGCUGCAGGAGCUCUCUUCCCCCUGCCAGGGCCUCGUCCCAGUUCCCCCAGCCCUUGGGGCCUUGGCUGAAGGGAAGUCUUGCCCUGUUUGUGGUUUGGGCCAUCCCUGGAAUGGUGUGUACCCUCACAGUGGUUCCUGUGUGUUCUGUAUCCCCGGUUGCUUCUGAGUCCUUAAGGGAGGCCCUCUCUGUGUACUAUUCCAAACAGGUCUCUGAACCUCAAAGGGAAUGAAUGAGGGCACCAGGGUAGCCACCAGAUUCACAGGGAUUCAGGUAGCCCCCUGAUUUUCCUUGGCUUUCCUUCAGCCUCCUCAGAGUUCAUUGCCUGUUCUCUGCUUAGAGAACAAGGCUAUGGGAUGGGGGAAGGAAAGGAGGUAAGUCUUCAGCAUUUUAGGUCAUUCAUUUUCCUGGAUCUUUUUCAGGAGAGAGGGAGUAACCAGGCUACUUCUUAAUCUAGUGGGCUGGUUUGAGAGACUGAAAACCUGAUGUGCUCCCUGUCUUUAACCAUUCCACUGCUGGCAUUGGGCAGCCUCUUUUUUCUGGGGAGAGGAGGAGGCAGAGGGAUGUUUAGAGCUAGCUUUGUCUCUCUAAUUCCUGGGGUAAACCUGCUGGUUUGGGAAGCACACUGUGUGAAGGUGGAAGAAUUUCUGACCACGUGGGGAGAAACGGCUUGGUCCAGUCUGUCUUCCAGCUUCAAAAUUCUGCCUUCCUCUAGUGUAGCGGUGCUUCUCCGUGACGUUGAUGGUGGGAAGUUGGGGGAUUCAGAUCCCACUUGUAUAAUACAGAAUUAAAUAAAAUUCAUUGAAACCAA